ACCACCUUAACAUAGAAGCAGGAAGCCCUGGGCCCUGGCAGGCACCAAUCAGGCCGGGCUCGGGGAGGGAGGGCUGUGGCUGGCAGCCUGGGAUGGCGUGGGCAGGCGGGGAGAGGGGAGAUGGCAGGCCAGGCCGGGAGUCCGGGGUGUGCUAGCGGUGCAGGCGUCGGCAGGCGGGAGGCCAGAGCGAUGUGAGGGGCAGGCGUGUGGGGGUCCCCUCGAAGACGAGCGCAGAUGGCGGAGGGCAGCCGCGCUGACUGCCAGGCCGGCGGUGCCCGUGCCCUCCCGCCCGAGCCCAGAGAUGGCCAGGACACUCCCGGCAUCGGAAGUCUGGGUACCAACCUCAGUGCCUCAGAUGGACACGCAGGUCGUAAUCUCAAGGAGUGGCUGAGGGAACAGUUUUGUGACCACCCCAUCGAGCACUGUGAGGACACCAGGCUGCACGAUGCAGCCUACGUGGGGGAUUUACCCACACUCAAGAGCCUGCUGCAAGAGGAGAGCUUCCAAAGCCGGAUCAACGAGAAGUCAGUGUGGUGCUGUGGCUGGCUGCCCUGCACACCGCUGCGCAUCGCUGCCACUGCGGGCCACGGCCCCUGCGUUGACUUCCUCCUCCGGAAAGGGGCAGAGAUUGACCUGGUGGAUGUGAAGGGGCAGACUGCCCUCUACGUGGCUGUGGUCAAUGGGCACCUCGAGUGCGCCAAGAUCCUCCUGGAAGCUGGGGCUGACCCCAACGGCAGCCGGCACCACCGCAGCACCCCGGUCUACCAUGCAGCACGCGUGGGCCGGGCGGACAUCCUCCGGGAGCUGAUCAGGUAUGGCGCAGAUGUGGAUGUGAAUCACCACUUGGCUUCCCGGCUCCCCAGCCUCUCCUUGCGGCCCCUCACCACGCUGGUGGUCUGCCCACUGUACAUUAGUGCUGCCUACCAUAACCUCCAGUGCUUCAGGUUGCUGCUCCAGGCAGGAGCCAACCCAGAUUUUAACUGCUGUGGGCCCAUCAAUAUCCAAGGCUUUUCCCGGGGCUCACCAGUGUGUGUGAUGGAUGCUGUCCUGCGGCAUGGUUGUGAAGCAGCAUUUGUCCACCUUUUGAUUGACUUUGGAGCCAAUUUGAACCUGGUGAAGGUGGAGGCCUUGGGAGGUGAAUCCACAGGAAGGGUCAAAGUCAACCCUGAGGCUCUGCAGGUGUUCAAAGAAGCAAGAGGCCGCACCCGGAGCCUGUUGUCUCUCUGCCGCAUAGCUGUACGAAGAAUACUUGGCAAAUGUCGUCUGGAUCUGAUCCAUAUCCUUCCAAUCCCAGACCCCAUUAAACAAUUUCUACUUCACGAACACAGUUAAAGGGCAAUCGACUGCUUUCCAGGACAGUUUCAUUUGGUAAAUGACUGAGCUGACAAAACCAGGUGCCAAUCCUGACCCCACGGUCAAAUAUUGUAUUUGCUCAUGGAGUGCACAUAAUUCCCCGCAGCUGUGGUUUUCCCCUUCAAAUUUAGGGUGCAGUGAUUCUGUGUGUCUAUACUUAAGCUACCAGUUAUCUAACUGGUGACCUGUUGUUUGCAAUUGGUUGGGCAAUGAGGCCAAUACCUGUGUGUGGCUGUUACAUGAGCAAACACAAAAUAUCCUAUAGCUAUUAACAUAUAUCUGUUUGUUAUGACUCUACCUCUGUUACUGCUCCUUGUUAAACAUAUCUUGGGCCUCAGUGGCACUUCUGUGUGGGAAAUGCACCCAUACUUCAGCCGUGGGCUUUCAUUUUCCUCUGGUGUGCUAGGGAGUCUCUCCUCUCCUUGGUAAGAGGUUUAAAACAGUACUGUUCUCUUUCUGGCAUCAAUACCUGGCCUUUCCCUUCCCCAUGGAGUCUGUGAUUGCUGCUGUGAAAGUGGGUGUAUUUUCUUCUGUCCUCUUCUGGUGUGAAAUGCAUCAAGUUUCCUGUCCAGUGCUGUGUGUUACUUGGAGAAUUGUUUCUGUGUCUCUAUGUGCUCCAAGGUAGCUGCUGUCCCGGCUUUCUUUGUGUAGGGGACCCAUCAUGCAGAUAGGGGAGUAGCAGAAUAUGUAAUCCUAUCCUGUCUGAGUCCCUGUCUACAGAGCACCAGAUGUGCCAUGGCAUCUUGGCUCUCCCUCCAGCACCAUGAUGGAUGAGGCAAGGGGUGGCCAGUUCUCCCCAUGACUGCCUAAGACCGGACCAAGUCUCAUAACCACUGCCUUAGCACGAAUGAGAAAACAUGUGGAGAGAAGAAGAAAAGGUAGUUUCACAUGGGAAAACUGAUAGUUACACAGCCUGUAUAGCCCAUUGUGGUGAUGUGGUGGUCCCUGUGUUUCAGCCAUUGCUACUGUGUGAGUAUUGGGUGAUAGGAUAAGGACUGUGAUGUUCAAAUGAGACCAUGAAGUGAACCUGAAAGAUUUCUGGGGUAUCUCUGGGGAAAACAAUAGCCAAACUCAUCUCCUGUUUGCUGUAAAAUGUGUCUGAAUAUCUGGGAGUGACCAGGAAUAACAGUAGAAGGCUUGUUAAAUUGAACGGUUGUCUUGCUGUGCUGGAUGGCAGUUGAUCCAAUGUCUGUAAAUGUAUCUGUGUGAUUAUGAAGAAAAAACCAUCCAAAACUCUCUCUAGACUGCCUGCUUUGCUUAGAAGUUACCCCGUAUCCAUAGUCACCAAUAUUGCAGUGGUCAUGAUGUUACUGAAGGCCCGGUAAAGUAGCUAACAGUGGCAGCACGUAGAAAUAGAAAUGCCCACCUACCUGCUACUCCAUAUAGAGUCUGCACUGGUCUUUCUUAGACCUCCCGUGCUAACAAGGAAGUGGGGUUGUUUAAUCUACCUUGCAUUUCAGGAAGUUUCAGAUGCCUUUGGAUAUAUCUCCAGCAUAACUGACAGCCCUGGCUAUCCUGCCUAUAUGAGAGCAGAAUUUCAAGGCUACCCCAUGGAAUGAGCACUGAGGCCCCCAGGACCAGUACCCAGUGCCCCCACUCCCCUCCUAUCUGUGUUGGGCCUCCCACAUAUGGGCCCAGGAAGGCAGCCGUAGAAAGUUGUCCUUUAUAGAGCUUGUGCCAGGAGUGUCUUUCCCCGGAUGGAUGCCCUACUUGUAGACACUCUUCAAAUUGCUUCAACCUUUAGACCGGCUGCUGAAGAGACUGACUUGGGGUGAGCUGCAUACCUUUUACUUGGAAGUACCUGUUUUCAAAUGCAUUUAGAGAGCUGGAGAAAGAGCAAGAAAGUGAAAGGUGAAUAGGUCUUGAUGCCAACUUGUGAAAUACCCUUUCUCCAGAGGCACCAAGAAAUGCAAAAAUCAGAGCUCAGACUCUGAUCUGCCCACUAAGGGAUAUGUUUGUGGUGGAGUUUGCAAAGCAAUAAUGGAUUUUUCUGUAUGUUGUAUUAACUGCUGAAGAACCUUUCAGAGAUGCUUUCAGAGAAAGAGGAAGGGCAGGAAAAAUGGAGUCUCUGAUUGUUUCUUAUUAUUUCAAUUCUAUGGCCAGGCUGGAACAUGGUGCUGGAACGGCAUCCAAUGUCCAGCUAGCCUCUCACGUAUGUGGCCUUUGCGCACUGAUUUUAAGUUAAGGUGACAAGAUUUGCACUGCUGAGAACUGCACUGUUGAGAACAAGCUAAACUGUGGUGGUUAUGGUCAGUGCCCAGAUACCAAAGCAAAAGAUACUUUCAAAACCCUCCACAGACAAGAUAUAAUGGCAAGGAUACAAAGCUAUGGGCAUGCUUUCAGGGUGGCAGGGCAGCAGUAUUGCACUGUUUUCCUUUUCAGGCUUGCAGAUGGCUUAGGUUUUCACCAUGCUGGAGGCCAAGGCAGCCCACGAGCUUGUUGCCUGAGACUUGUGUGCUUGCUUUAUAGAAGUAUCAACAUGCCAAAAAGAUGCAAACAGGUUGUAAAGCCUCUCGUCACCUUGCUGGCAGUACCAUAAUGUUUUGCAGGAGCACGGACCGAACAUGCUCUCUAGCUCCAGUAUAUAGAGGCAGAAAAUGAGCGAGGUUGUCUUGAGAAGAUGCCAUGCCAACAGCUUAUUUGGGUCAAUUUUUUUCCUCUGAUUUUGCACUUGAUCAGAGAAUUUUGCAGACUAGUCAUGCAUUAGUGCCUUUUGGGAGGAAGUGGUAGUACAGACAUGGAGGACAUGUUUCUCCAGGAAGAGCUGGCUCAGUGCUACUCCCCCUAGAAUGAGGUACAGUGGAAAGCCAGGGUAGGUGGUGUGAAUGAUGGAGAGUGGCUGAAAGAAACUCACAGAAUUUAGUUGUUACAGACAUGAUUAACUCAGUGUCCAGUGUAACUUGAGUGCGUAAUUAAAGCUAAACUUCUGCAGAUGACCUUUUACCAGUUUUCCUUAUAGCUUCCUUCAGAGGUCAGUAUUUGAUUUGUUGACUAUUGUGUCCUUGACUGACACAGUCUUGCAACAAGCUUAUGGAUAGCCAGCCAAUGACUCCCUACCCAGUCCAGCAACUGUAGCCAUACGUUUGUGUUCCUUCCCAGAACUGUGACUCCCAUAUGAGUGAAGCUAAGAAGAGCUCCCUCCUACCCAUGCACAGACUCAAUACCUGGUACAGAUAUAAUUCUGUGUAAGUCCCACUGGUAAACUCAAGCCAUGCUGGCAGUGAAGACUUUGGCUCCAAUUAGUUUACCAAAUUCGUUCUUUAUAUAUAAUUUGAGAUAUGAUGAUCAUGAUACUCUAAUCAUGUGCUGAACUUUGUGCAUAUGGGUAGUUCUUUCGACCUUGAGUUCGAAGGACUGCAUAGGUCUUCAAAUCCAACUGCACCUAUUUAACCUAUGUGGAGUCCACAGGACUCCCCUGGUCAUGGAUAUUUCAAGACCAAACUCACAGGCAAAAGGAUGCUUCUGCCAACCGUAUAGCGAACAUGCUUGAAGUUCAACAAGCACUUGGAUCAGGAUAAAAGCUUUAAGGCGAAGGAGGCAUUUUUCCUGGACUACCUAUCAAAAUUCCAUCUUAACUGGGGGCUGUGCCCCCUGUGAAGGUUCGAACCUUAAGCCUGGAUGGUCUUCCUCUUUUAACUGAGGGACUGAGGACAGUACAGCCCAGUGAGACAACUCACUUGCACAAUGAUACGCCAUGAGUGCAAAGAAUGAUUUUGGAGUAGGUUUCUGGGACACUGGUUGCUGAGGAUACAUAGACCCAGCUUUACCUAAGUGAAGUGGUUUAAUACACAGACAAAUAUAUAGAUUAAUACUGUUAAUAUACAGAUUAACCCUGUUAAUACACAGAUUAACAAAUCUGCAAUCUUCAUUGUAGAGAGAUAAAUAUUGAAUCUUGAAAUAAGAUCAUGGCAUUGAUAGACCUUGCUGUCCUGUCCUGUAGGUACCAGAGCUGUAUCCUCUGGCUGCCCUAUCCCUUUCAGUUGGAGGAAGAAUAGUCUUCCAGUAUGAUAUCUGAGCAAUAAUAUAUGCAUAGUAUAUAGCUUCACGCUAUAUAAACAGCAUUUAUUCUUGCCUUAACUCAGAUUUCACCAAUUCCUCCUAUGUAGCAACUGUAUUUUUUUCCAUGUUGUCCAUGCUCAGAUAAUGUGAAUAACACAUGAGUACUGUGAAGUCAUGAGUGGAAAACUAAACCGUUCCAGAGUAUACAUCACAUAUAAGGAAGAAUCCCUAUUAUACGUGUGCAUAAUAUAGAAAGUAUGUGUUGUAUGGCCUUGCUAUAAAUGUGGAUGGGAUAGGAUGGUGGAUGACAAGCUUUGGAAAGUGUCUAGAGAACCAAGACAGAUUUGGAAUAAGCAAAACAGAUCCAAAGCAGUCUUUUUCGCAUGUGCUUUCUUGUCUUUGUUGCUAUAGGGGAUUUCCAGGGCACAAAAUGCUGGUAGCUGGUUAUACCCUACUGUCAUUUCCUGCCACUUUGAAGUUUUGCAAAAAGCAAAAGAACAGUAUUUGUUGGGCUGAAGUGUUUUCUCCCAUCCUCAAAUUCAAGUAAAGUACUUUUUGCACUCAAAACCAGCCUUUGAGUUGCAGCAUCUCUUUAGCCCUUCCUGUUUCAGUGAAGAAAUCAGCCUAAGAACCCACCCAGGACAUGGUAGAGAUGACAUGCAGGAGACACCUGUUUUAAGAGGUGCUGUUCAGUGGUUUGUUGGUUUUGUUCAGAGUGGAAUGAAUUUGCACAGCAGCAAGAUUAAAUCUGAGAGCAGACUGGAGGUAUCCAUGGUAAACUUGGGUCUGUCUGUAGCUAAAUAAAGACAUUCUAGCACAAGA